AUGGUCGUUCUGGCAGCGUCGAUAUGCACUCGCGGAGGCAAAGCUGUCCUCUCGCGUCAAUUCCGGGAUAUCUCUCGGUCUCGAAUCGAAGCUCUACUCGCAUCUUUCCCCAAGCUCGCAGAUUCGGGAACCCAACACACCACUGUCGAGCAGGACAACGUGCGCUUCGUGUACCAGCCAUUGGACGAGUUAUACAUUGUCCUGAUUACCAACCGUCAAUCGAACAUUCUACAGGACAUUGAUAGUCUUCAUCUGUUCGCGCAAGUGACUACUAGCAUCUGCAAGAGCCUGGAUGAGCGGGAGAUUCUUCGCAAUGCAUUUGAACUCCUCAGUGCGUUUGAUGAGCUGGUGACUUUGGGGUACCGUGAGAACCUCUCUCUAUCUCAGAUCAAGACCUUCCUGGAAAUGGAGAGUCACGAGGAGAGGAUCCAGGAGAUCAUUGAGCGGAACAAAGAGUUGGAGGCCAGCGAGGAGCGCAAGAGGAAGGCGAAGCAGUUGGAAAUGCAGCGCAAAGAGGCCGCUCGUUCAGGUCGGGCCGCGGCUCCCAGAACUCCAUCCUACCCUGUUUACACACCCCCAGCGCGCCCGUCUGUUCCCGAUACCUACGAUUCAUACGAGGCCGAGAAGAAGAAGUCAUUUGCCAAGCCCAUUCCCACUCGUGGCAAGGGUAUGCAACUAGGCAAGAAGUCUAAGGCAACCGACAUCUACGAGAAGGUUCGCGGUGAUAUGGGUCCUGAAAUUGAAGAGGAUAUUCCAUUGGUGGCUCCGCAAACUUCAACUCCGGUGCAAGAUAUUCCCUCAGCGCGCCAAUCCCUAAAUGCAGACCGGGAACCCAUUCAACUCACAAUUGCCGAAACCAUAUCAGCCACUCUUACCCGGGAGGGUGCCUUGAAGUCUUUCGAGGUUAAGGGUGACCUGCAGCUUCGUAUUUCUGAUCCUUCAUUCACCAAACUUCGACUCGAUUGCCAGGCUGUUCCCACACACGGUGCACAGUUCCGCACCCACCCCAAUGUUGACAAAGCUCUCUUCACCAACUCGUCCACGAUUCAAUUGAAGGACACCACCAAGCGCUUCCCUGCAAAUAACUCCAUCGGCGUGCUACGCUGGCGUGUUGCUAGCUCGGUUGACAAUGCUGAUAUUCUCCCAAUCACAUUCACUGUGUGGGUCAACAAGGGCGCCGACUCCACCACUGUCACUGUGGAGUAUGAGCUUACCGGCGAAGACAGCCUCCGUGAUGUCGUUGUCACUAUUCCAUACGACACGACAGAACCCGCGGUUUCUAGCUUUGAUGCGGUGUACGAGGUCUCUGGCGACAGUCUGGAAUGGAAUCUGGGUGCGGUGGAUGAGUCGAAUGCAUCUGGCAGCUUUGAGUUUGAGUCGACCGAUGCCGACGAGAACGAGUUUUUCCCUAUGAGUGUUCGAUUCACAAAGACCAAACCAUUUGUGGAUGUCGAUGUCAACAACGUCGCCCUGUUGGACAUGGAUGGUGAGAGUACUGCAUUCUCAAAGGAUAUCCGCAGUGUUGCGGAGAACUUCCUUAUUGAGUAA